AUCGGGGACGGUCCCUCCAGCGCCUAGCUCCGCUUCGGCUCCUCUCCCUUGUGACGGUCCUACAAAAUGGUACUUGUUCGCAUUUCCUCUUCGUGUCUUUCCACUCUCUUGAUUUGCUCUGGAGAAGAGGUGGCGUAGAUUACAUGCAAAAUGGUUUACCCCUUGGGCUAUUUUCAACACCAGCGGGAUUGCAAGCACAAGCAGCAGGAACGUGCCUCGCGCAUAGCGACACUCCCCGCACCAUAUCUACUUCCCAUUCUGCAACAAGAUAGAGACCUCUUGGAAAAGCCCAUCGAAGAGCUAGUUCAAGAUGUCCACAAGCAGCUGGUCAGCCCAAUUGACAUCCUUCGCACCUAUGGAAAAGUGGCCGUGAAAGCACACCACAAGACCAAUUGCUUGACAGAAGUCAUGAUUCCGCAAGCUGAGAAAUGGGCUAAGAAUGAUGUCAAUUUGGAGGGUCCGCUAGCGGGAAUCCCAGUGUCCUUGAAAGAUACAAUCAUUGUAGGAGGGUUUGAUGCCACUGUGGGCUAUUCUCGCUAUGCGAAUAAACCAUUCCCUGAAGACGGGCCCAUGGUACGACUCUUAAAAGAUGCAGGUGCUGUUCCAUAUGUGAAGACAAAUAUACCCAUCACUCUUCUUUCCUUCGAAUCUACCAAUGAUGUCUGGGGUCGUUGUACGAACCCUCACAAUUCCAAAUAUUCACCUGGCGGCUCAACCGGCGGUGAAUCGGCUCUUUUGGCCUUUGGAGGUGGCAGAAUCGGUGUUGGGUCGGACGUGGCCGGUUCGGUACGGGUACCAGCUCACUUUUCUGGAAUCUAUUCACUGCGGUGCUCGACAGGCCGCUGGCCCAAGUUAGGGACAAACACAAGCAUGCCGGGUCAGGAAGGUAUACCCUCUGUGUAUAGCCCCAUGUCGCGGACGUUGGGGGACUUGACAUACUUUACAAGGAGCCUGAUCUCGAUGAAGCCCUGGAAAUAUGAUCAUUCGGUACAUCCAAUUGAGUGGAACGCUGAGGCCGAAAGCCAAGCCAUGGAGAAGAAGAUACUUCGCGUCGGUGUGCUUCGAGAUGACGGUGUCGUGACUCCAUCUCCGGCUUGCACACGUGCUCUUGACCAGGUCGUAUCGGCUCUUCGAGCUGAAGGCCAUGAAAUUGUCGAGGCUGAUCCACCUUCGCCUUACGAAGCACUCGUGAUUGCCUCUCAACUGCUGCUGGCUGAUGGCACGGAAACCUUCCGAUCCUUUUUCCGUACUGGUGAAUGGGAUGAUCCCGGCGCUGCUAUUAUGCGGUUUUACAUCAAGCUUCCUAGCCCCAUCAGAUAUCUUCAUUACCUGUGGGUCAAGUACAUUCGACGAGACGAUGUUUGGGCGGGGCUGCUUCGGGCUUGGCGUCCCAAAACAGUGACUGAACAAUGGAAGCUUGUAGCUCAACGUGAACUUUAUAAGGCGCGAUGGCACGCAUGGUGGGAAAAUGACGCCCAAUUAGACGUUCUACUUACGGUGCCUAAUGCUACUCCGGCGGUACCCCAUGAUGGCAUGAAGCAAGCAGUUAGCAGUUGUGGAUACACGUUCCUCUUCAAUCUGCUCGAUUAUACCAGUGGCGUGCUCCCCGUGACAAGAGUCGACCAAAGCCUCGAUCAAUUACCCAAGAGUUUCCGUCUUAGUUCAUUGAAUGGAGUUGCUCGCGGGGCAUAUGUCCACUACGAUGCCACCAAGAUGCACGGUCUACCGGUGGGAGUUCAGGUGGUGGGACAGCGCCUCCAAGAAGAGAAGGUGCUUAGCAUAAUGCAAAGAAUUGAAGAUGCUCUAGACCGGAGGGGCGGCAAGUACGAGUUGAUGGCAAUUGAAUGAUGAAAAGCGUCAUUUAUAUAUUCACUAAGGAGAUAUCUUUAUCCAUUUAUUACAAUGGCAUGCGUUUUUAAACGCGUCUGAAUGUACCUUAAUAUGUAACUACCGCGUACCAGACGUCUCCUGUCAGCUUAUCGAUAGACGAUUCUGGGGGGUUUUCUCGUCAGCUGACAGCGUGUUCUUAUCGCGCGCCUUUAGCGAUCUGCUGAGACCGCGAUGACUCUGCGAUUGACGUUGCUGACGAGCUGAAGAAAUUAAUUACAACUAUACACUCAAUCAAUUGAAUUGAUUCUUGAAGAAGGC